GUAGGCCACGCCCCCUCACAGGGCUGCGCUCAUCAAUCAAUACACGCUCCGCGAGGAGGAAGUGACCCAUGGAGCUUCCCUCUUCCUGCUUCCAAUCCUGCCUGGAUUUCUGCCCCGAGUGCGGCUCAGUCCUGCCCCGGCCGGGCCCCCAAAGCACCAUCCGCUGCCCCCGCUGCAGCUUCGCCCUCGCCUGCGCCGAUUUUGAGGGUAAAACCGUCCGCAGCACCAUCGAGUUCAACCGCUUGGAGCCCGCGGGGAGGGGGCAGGAGCCUGCUCCCCACUUCCAGGGACCCCUGGUUCCAGGAGAAGGAGGAUUCCUGAGGGGGUAUUUCUGCCCCCCCCCCCAUCCUGGGGUAUUUGUACCCCCCAUGUGGUUAAUAAACCCCUUUGGGGUGUUGAUUCAGGGGGUGUCUCACUUGAAACUGCCCCCCCCAGCCCCUCUCUGCUCCCCAUAUCUACCCCACAGCCCCUACCUGACCCCCCCAACUCUCCCCUCAGCACUUACUUGCCUCCUGCAGCCCAUGAAUUGCCCAUCCAGCCCCUCUGUGCCCCCCCCAGGCCAUGAAUUGCCCCCUUAAGCCUUCUCUACCCCCCCAAACUGUCCCCUCAGCCUCUAUAUGCCCCCUUCAGCCCCUAGUUUGCCCCCUCAGACUCUAUCUACCCCCUUAAACUGCCCCUAUUUGCCCCUCAGCUCCUGAAUUGCCCCCUUAUGCUUUAUUUACCCACUCUAAGCUGCCCCUAUUUGUCCCCCAGCCCCUAAUUUGCCCCCUCAGGUUCUAUCUACCCCCCUUAAACUGCCUCUAUUUGCCCCCCAGCCCCUAAUUUUCCCCCUCAGGCUCUAUCUACCCCCCUUAAACUGCCCCUAUGUGCCCCCCAGCCCCUAAUUUGCCCCAUCAGCCUCUACCCCCCUUAAACUGCCCCUAUUUGCCCCCCAGCACCUAAAUUGCCCCCUCAGCCUCUAUCUACCUCCUUAAACUUCCCCUAUUUGCCCCCCAGCCCCUAAUUUGCCCCCUUAUGCUCUAUUUACCCCCCUAAGCUGCCCCUAUUUGCCCCCGUCCCCAUAUACAGCCGU